GCGGUCAGGACGCAUUGCGAAUGGCAGAGCGCCUUGUCGGUCAAGGGCUGGGCGGGACGCGGGUCUGGCGGCCUCGUUCGAACCGCAGAGCCGGGGCCGGCGGGCAGCAUGGCGCGGCUGCGUCGGCAAGCGGGGGUCGCCGCAGAAGUUGGUGAUGAAAGGGAAGUAGAUGGCCAUGAUCCCUGUUGCUCUUUUGAGAUGAAGCAGCUCUUUGGAGAGUUCCAUAUGUUGUAUCGGGAGCGCCUGCGCCAACUGGAAAUCAUGGAUGAUGCACAGGAGGAGGUUCUCAGAAUGAAGGUGAGGCUUCUCCAGUCCUACGUAAUGGACCUGAGUGACCAGAAUAGUGUCUUAGUUCAGACGAUGGAAGAGCUGGAGAGAGAGUCUGAGUGGACGGUGGCUACGCUAGAGGCAGAGCUUCAGCGCCCGUCCCUGGCUCAGCGCCCGGUGCCAACAGAACACCUUUCAGGAUCCACAGCAGCGCAGAUAAUUGUCACUCCACCACAGCAAACAAUGGAGCAAGAAGAACUGAGGGUUCAGCUGGCAUCUAAAGAGCAGCUUAUUCAUCAGUUCAAGUUCCAUCUGAUGGAGGCAAAUCACAGCCAGGAAAAGUCAAAAGCAGAGGUUCUGGAGAGGGAAACUAAGAUUCAGGAGCUGCAGGAGAUAAUCACAGACCUUCACCACGAAAUUUCCCGGAAGGACUCGGAGGCAGUCAGUCAACUGCAGGAGAAGCACCUUCUGGAGACUACAGUGCAAUCCCUUAGGCAGAUGGUUAGCAGUGCUCCAGGAUCCCGUCCUUGUGAAAGUCUCCCCUCGUCUUCCCAAACCAAUGAGCUCCUGAAAACAGAGCUGGAAUGCCGAGAUGCAAAAGUCUGGACUCUUCAAAGCCAGCUCCUGCUCCUGCAGGACAAAAGGGAUGGGCUGGCCGCCGAGCUGGAUGCUCAAGAGCAGAGGCUCUGUGAAUUGCAGACCAAGCAGGCGGAGAGGCAGGCAGAACUGGAGCAGAAAUGCAGCCGGAUCCAGCAGCUCAAACAAGACCUGGAGGCCAGUGGCAGGCGACAGGAGGAAUCCCAGAGGCAGCUUGGGGAGUGUAAUGUGCGUCUGGCCCAGGUAGCAGGAGAGAAUGAGGCUCUACAAGGCCAUCGGCUUGAGCAGAUGCUAGAGAUCGAGAAACUGCCGUCCAGCCUGAGGACCUGGGGACAAGCCAGCGGGAGUCUUUCCUGUGAGAUGCCAGCACGCCAGUGGGAGGAGCAGGCAGCCGAGCAGGCAGAGCUGCAGCAGAGACUUGCUGAUGUUCAGGAUGAGCUGCAGGAGGAAGAGACAGCAGCGCACAGGCUCCAGGCCGAGGUGCGGGCCGCUAGACGGCUGGCACAAGAAACAAAGAAUCAGCUUGCUGAAGCGGAGGUGGAGGUGGUCACCAUGAGGAACAAAUAUAGCAUGGCACAGAAAGAGGCUGCAGAAAGGAGUGAGGUGCUGCAGAGCCUGCAGAAGGCCAGCCAAGCACAGCAGCGGAGGACAGCAGAGCAGGACAGGACCAUCCUCACACUGCAAAGCCAGCUGCAGAAACACCUGGAAAAGCACCAGGACGCUGAGGAGCAGAUGAUCCAGCCGCACCAGACCAUCCGUGCACUGGAAGAGGCGCAAGCCCGGCUGCAGGCCCAUUGUCACCACCUGGAGGAGGAGACUGGCUUUCUGCAUGCCAGGCUGGAGGCCCAAGGUCUGGUGCUGGAGAAUGAGCAAACACUGGAAACCAGCCAAUUACACCACAAAGAGGAGCAGGUGGAGAAGUUAAUGAGAGAGCUGCUGAAGGCAAAGGCUGAGGUGCAAGCUGCUGAGCAGAAGGCCCCGCGCUGGGAGGACACCCUUGGGCAGCUGAAGGAUAGCCUGGCAGCAUCCCAGGUCUCGUGGGAGGCAGCCGAAUCCAGAGUCCAGCUCAAAGAAGGGCAGCUGCAGGGUUUGCAGAGGAAAGGGCAGUCACUGCACCAGGAGCUGAAGAUGGUGCAGAGAGAGGCGGCCCAGCUGGAGGCGCUGCUGAGCACAUCACAGCUGGAGUCAUGCUCCCUGAAGAAGGAGCUGCAGAGGAAAGACAAGGAGCUCCAGCGCCUGCAAGAGCAGCUCCGAGACGCUCAGGAAGCACUGCAGGGUGCUAGGCAAGGGAAAGAGGACGUCCAGAAGGAGUCAGAGACCCAGCGGCUGCAGCGUGACCAGCUGGUGGAGCAGCAGAAAGCCGACCUUGUGGCAGCCCGAGAAGAGCUUUCCAGGUGCGCAGGGCAGCUCGCAGAGCUGCGCUCAGACCAGCAGCAGCAGGCCGGGGAGCUGGCCAUCCUGAGAGAGAAGCAUAAGACCGCGCGGCAGGAGGUGUGCAGCCGUGACCAGACCAUCGGGAAGCUCAGAGGAGACCUGAAAAGUGCUGAGGAGGAGCUGAUGCAAGCAAAGGAUGAGGGGAAGGAGAGAGCCACAGAGGGGAGCGGCCUGAAGGGAAAGCUCCACCAGCUGCAAGAUGACGUAAGAAGCCUGCAAGAGAUCUGCGGGGAGCGGGAAAAGGCCAUGGUGGAGCAGACCUGCUGCAUCCAGCAGCCCCAGCAUGAGCGGGAGAUCUGCAUCAGCCAGGGCCAGGAGCAGGCAAUGCUAGUGGAGCAGCUGCAGGGACAGCUCGAAUCCCGCGAGCGAGCCCACCAGACAGAACUGGAGCAGCUGCGGGCCAAGCUGCAGCACCUUCAGCAGGAGCUGGAUGUCUGCAAAGGGAAGAACCAGGAUAAUCUGAGCCACCUGCAGCAGCGGGAGUCCACGAUGGAGAGGCAGAGCUUGGACCUGGAGUUCCUGCUGCAGCAAUGCCAGACGCUGAAAGAGGAGGUGUUCUACUAUGAAGAGGUGAUGCAGAAGCAGGAGAGGGAGCUCUGCCAGCAGCAGGAGCAGCUCCAAGAGGCGCAGGAGCACCUGGCCAUGGCCAAGAGCAAGAGCAGCUCCACCGAGAGCAGCCUGGAUCUGUACAAGAAGAAGUACCAGGCCGCCCUGAACAGAGCUGGCGAGCUGGAGGGCAAGGUGCAGAGCCUGGAGGAGGAGCUCCGGGACAUGAGCAGCCAGAUGCGGGAGUGUGAUGACACCAUCAUCAACCUGUGCAGCAAGCAGCUGGUUCUGCAGCAGGAGAUGACAGGCAGGAGGAACCAGACGGCCAUGGAGCAGCUGACUCAAAAACUUCAUGCCACCCAGGAGGAGCUGUCCAGGAGCCGUCAGCAUGCCCAUCAGGGUGAGCAGAGCAUCCAGGGCCUCCAAGAGCAGCUGGUUGCCAGUCAGACCAAGUGCUUGCAAGAAGAAGAGACUCUGGAGAACGUGCAGACCGAGUUUGCCUCCUACACAGCCACCCACAGUCACUCCAACGCCAGCUACGAGAGCCAAGCAGCCGUGGCAGAGAAACUCCAGCAGCAGCUGAUCCACGCCGAAGAGGAAAGCUCCAAGCACAACCAGCGGGCCGAGGAGUACCAGUGCCUGGUGCAGGACUUGAAGCUGGAGCUGGUGCGAGUGGCUGAGCAGAAGAACAGCACCAUGAAAGCCCUCGGGAAGCUGGAGCUGGAGGUGCAGCGCCUGAGGCAGGACACAGCUGCUGAGGUGGUGCGGAAGCAGCUGGAGGUGGCCAAGCUGCAGCAGCUGAUCCAGAAACUGGAGUGCAAGCUCAGGGAGAGCCGCAGGCUGUGUGCGCAGAGGGAGCAGGUUGUGCAGAGACGGGAUGAGCAGCUCCGCCAGGCGCAGGCCGCCCUGCAGGAGACGGAGCUGGAGGUGGCGAGGCAGCGCGCAGAGGCCAGCAGCCUGGAUGGGCGCCUGCAGCAGGCCCAGCAGGAGAGGGAGCAGAGCCAGGCAGCCAGCGGCACCCUGCAGGAGCAGAUCCAGCUGCUGAGACAGCGCCAGCAGGACAGCCAGCAGCAGCAGCAGGCGGCUGCUCAGGAGCUGGUGCAGCAGGAGGAGCGGCUGCUGCUGGCCCAGAGCAGCCUGCAGAGCACACAGGAGCAGCUGAGCGAGCGCGUGGCCGAGGUUGUCCGGCUGGAGCAGGCCAGCCGCAGGUUGGAGGCCGAGCAGCGGGCGCUGCAGGAGCAGCUGGCCAGCAGCAUGGAUGAGGUGGAGCAGAGCAGGAAGCUGCUCGAGCACCUGAAGGCGGAGCUGAGCCAGUGGAAGCAGAGGCACCAGGUGGCUGUGCAGCAGGGGAUGCAACAUCAGCACUCAAUGGCCAAGAUGGAGCUGAAACUGGGGAGCAGCCAGGAGCAGGCGAAAGCCCUGCAGCAGCAGCUCCAGGAGCAGGAAUCCACCCAGCGUGCCCUGCAGGAGGAGCUGAGCCAGCUGCAGGGCAGGGAGGAAGAACUCCAGCGGCGGCUGCAGAGAGCCCAGGAGAGGGAGAGCGUGCUGGCCAGCGAGCGCGAGGCGCUGCAGCAAGAGCUCCACAGCAGCGAGCAAGCGGCCACGCUCCAGGAGGCGGCCCUGGCCCAGCUGCAGGCGGAGCUGGAAGCAGCCCAGGCCAGAGAGAGGCAAAGCACCCGCACGCUGACUGCAGCGGAGACGACCAUCCAGGAGCUGAUGCUGAAAACUGCCUCCUGCCAAGAGAAGCAGAGGGAGGCGCUGGAGAAGCUCAGUGAGACGGCGCAGGACAUGGCGGCCCUGCGGGAAGAGCUGGUGCGGACACAGGCCAGGGAAGCCCAGCUGGAGGAGCAGAUGAGGCGGCUCAACGGGGAGCUGAAGAAGCUGCAGGAUUUCCGGGAGCAGGAGGUCCGGUCCUUCGAGGAGCAGCUGGGUGAGCGGAGCAGCCAAGUGCAGCACUGGCAGAGGCGGUGCCAGGAGAACGCGCAGGCCCUGGCACAGCGGGGUGAGGAGCUGGUCGUAUUCAAGGUGGAGCUGGCCGCGUUGAAAGAAAAGCUCCAUGGUGCCGCUGAAGAGAGAGACCGCCUGCAGCAGGAGCUCCAUGUCUUAAGGCAGAAGUUUGUGGCCUCCAGCAGUGAGGCAGAGGCGCUGCGCUCCUCCCUGGGGGCUGCACGCUCAGACAGCCGCCGGCUGCACCGCGAGAGCGAGCUGGUGCUGGCCAACGUCACCCAGUGGGUGAAGGAGCAAAAGCAAGCGAACGACAAACUGGGACACAAGAUCCGGGAGCAGAUCAAGCACAUCGCGCAGCUGACAGGCGAGAGGGACCACCUGCAGGAGGCGACGGCGAGGCUGCAGCGUGAGAACAGGCGCCUGAAAGGCGAAGCGGCCGAGUGGCGCAUUGAGUGUGAGCGGCACAAGGCUCUGCAGGGCAGCGGCUUAGAUGCACGGGCUGUGCUUCGGCAGCCACGGCCCCUGCUCCUGGGUGAGGAGUGAGGUCCCCCCCUUCUUCUAGCCUGGCACCUGCACCAUGGACCCAGCAAGGACUGUACACGGGGCAGGCACGUCCCCUGCACCUACCUGCUGCGGGCCCCGGGCCCAGCCUGCACUGUGAAAUAAAGCCAUGGGCACAGGC